GGGAGAGAUAGAGCGAAGGAAAAGCCUCGGAGACAGAGAGAGAGAGUGAGCUGCGCGCCGCUGCACCUUUUACCCGUCGUUUUGAAGGGUUUUCUUCGUUUUGCGCUGAAAGGGCACCCAGUGGUGGGAAACGAGUCAAUUCGGCGGGGUGAAGAAGGUUCAACGAAGCCAAAGCCAAAUUCUGGAGGAUCCUCCGUCGUCGUUUCAGCUCAGCUAUGGCCGGCGAACGUCGACCCGUAAAUUCCAUGGCCGCCGGUGCAGGAAGCGUUAUGGACGGUGUAGGGAUUUGUUUUUCGGGAGCUGCCCAGAUGAGAUUGGCUUGAGAAAGGGGUGAAAUUGUGUGUAAAGCUGCAACCUUUGGUUUUAGUUUCUAGGUUAAACGCUUGCAUGCGGAAUAAAUGGACGUCAGUCCUGGACCAGUUGAUGUCUCUGUGCUUUAUGAACAAGACAAGCAUGUUUCUGCUGCUGUAUGGGAAGGCCAGGAGCGAGGUGCCCUUAGAUGCCAUGAACAUACAUCAAAGUUGGGGGAAUGGAGCCUGACUCCAAGACAGAUAGAGUUAGUAGAGAAAUCAGGAUUCGGAUUCUUGAGAAAGAUUCCAGCCAUUAGUCUAGACAACCCUCUAAUCUCAGCCUUAGUCGAGAGGUGGCGAAAGGAAACAAACACCUUCCACUUCACUGUUGGUGAAAUGACGGUGACACUUCAGGAUGUGGCGCUGUUGCUUGGUCUUGCUAUCGACGGGAAGCCGGUUAUAGGCAUCACACACACAACCUGUGCAGCGGUUUGUGAGAAGCUUCUAGGGAAAGCCCCGGAUUCUAAUUACGCUAGUGGUGGGAUGGUGAAGCUGAGUUGGCUGAAGGAGUACUUCUCUCACUGUACUAAAGAUUCACCUAAGGAAGAGGUUGAACAAUGCACUCGUGCUUAUCUUCUGUACCUGGUAGGGAGCACAAUUUUCUCGACCACCACUGGUAAUAAAGUUCCAGUUAUGUACCUCCCGUUGUUUGAUAACUUUGAAGAAUGUGGGACGUAUGCUUGGGGGGCUGCAGCAUUGGCUUUCUUGUACCGGGCGCUUGGUAAUGCGUGUGUUAAGUCCCAAAGUACUAUUUGUGGAUGCCUCACACUUCUACAGUGCUGGAGUUACUUUCAUCUCGAUAUUGGGCGUCCAAAGCUCAACCGGGAUCCUAUCCACGAUAGCUUUCCGUUCGUACUGAAGUGGAAAGGAAAGCAAAGUGGACCGACAACAAACCGCGAUGUGGUCUUUUAUAGGAAGGCAUUGGAUUCAUUGAAACCAACUGAUGUAAAUUGGCUUCCGUACAAGGAUAUGGACACUACAGGAAUACCAGAACCGAUCAAAGACACUUUGAUUCUAGGGAGAUCGAAAACAAUGCUCAUAUGCUUCGACAAGGCUGAGAGACACCUACCUGAUCGUUGCCUAAGGCAGUACGGCAUGUUUCAACCGGUCCCAGAAGAUGUUCCGCGAUGGGUGAGAAAGAGUCGGGGAGUCGAUGGUGGGGUAGACUUGUCUGGGAAAAUGGAGUCUGAGCUCAAUGAAUGGGCCAGUCGUCAUCUCCAUAUUGUGGAGGGCAGUGAUGCCAUAAUGGACGAUGAGACCGUGUACAUGGAAUGGUACUUGAGAAUAACCCGGAAAGUGGUUGGAAGACCUAUAUCGCUGUCAACUGAGUUCCAGAGAACGUCAAAAGCGCGAUUCUACGUAGAAGCAGAAAGAUGGCUAGAAAAGAAAAGCGUAAAAGCGCAGAGUAAAAACUUAGGUGAAGGAAGAAGGGAUCUAGGUGUGGUUUGCAAGCAGCUGCCUCCGCACCAUAGAAGCCAAUCUUGCGGAUGGGGAGUGUUAUCGAGGACAGAUUGCUGGGCUGAGAGAGAUUGCUUAUUUAGCAGAUUCGUUUUCGACGAAAGGGUUAGAUGGGCAACAGUUUGAGUCGAUUUCAAGGAUCAGAUAUAUAGCACAGGACUGUUUGAGGGACCAGUCAGGAAAUCCUGCUUCUACUGCUGUAGCAGUUGACAUCACGCCAGUUGAGCUUGGGAAAAGGAUAAGGGGAAAGGAGAGAGUAAGAAGAAAGGGCAGUGGGAAGAGGCGGAGAAAAGAUGAACUUGUGGAAGAGUAUCAGGAAGGAAGUGAGGAUGAACCGUCUCAGUUCUAUGGUGGAGUUGUAGAGGUUGAUCCAUUACAUGGUAUCCCUACGGUUUCGGCGAUGGAUGUCGAUGCUCAUAUUCUAUCUCAUUUUUCUGGCGACGGUGAAAAUGCCGAGAUUCUUUAUGAUGGACAGCUCUUUGAUGGAACUAGUGACUUUAAGGAGCCUCGGAAUACUGAUGGAUUAACUAAUCAUGUUAUCAAUCAUAAGCUUGAUAUUCCAACUGAGAAGUUGAAUGACGAGGUUUCUGAUUCUCAGCUAUUUGAUGGAGCAACUGAGAGUGAUAAUCUAAAUAAUGAGAUCCAUGAUGCUGUUGAUGAGGUUGGCGUCCCAAAGCUGAUUAAUGCAUGUAUUGCAUCUAGUGAUGAGCAGCUUCCUCAUGCAACUGCUGGAAUGACUAGUGUCUCGAAGCCUCUUGAUGUAAGCAAUGAAAUGGAGCUUGCUGAUACAAUUACUGCAGUGAAUGAUGGGGAAAAACUCGCAGCAGAAGAAACUUGUUUGGAUACUGAGUCUCAACUUCCUAAUGCUGCUGAAGUGGCUGGUGAGUUGCAGCUUACUAGAGAUGCAGAAAUUUUGCAUCCUUCUCAUGUAAAAACUGAGAUGGAUCACUCUCAGGCAUCUGAUCCAACUAAUGGAGGGGAAAAGGUGGAAAACUCCCAUAUUUAUGAAUGUCCACAUCUUUCUGACAGUAAGGGAGAGAAUGGCGCACAGAAUAAUACAAGUGAAGAUGAAAAGGAUUCUCAGCGUCCAGAUGAGGACAGGAAUGAGUCGACACUACCACAUAUUGCUGACGUUAUUGAUCCUGCAACUACCAAAAGUGCGGCAGACGAUGUGCCUACAUCAUCCCCUGGAACUGUUGCAACAUAACUGGGGUUUGAUGGUAUGGAGCUAUCAUUCUAUGUACAGUCAUAUGGCUUCUCCGGUACAUCUAGUUGAUGCUCGAAAGUUCUGGCACGUCAGCAUUAUAAUAAGGGUUCCAUUGGGGAUGCUGAAAUCUGAGAGAUGCUCGCUCCUAGUUUGGCUUGCAUUCAGUAUUUUUGUGUUUGUCUUCAGAAUAGAUCUUUUGCAGAUGUUAAGGUUUGUAUGAGUUAGCUAUUUGCAUUUCUAGAUUAGGCAGUUGUUGAAUUCUGAAUUCACUGGAUAUCGUUUGCAAUCGAGUUCUUUAGCAACAUGGUUGCAAUCUUGCCAUGCUUAUUACUAGUGUUGUUUGGCAAGAGUAGUUUGCUUCAAGCACGAGGAAAGAAUGUUUUUUGAUAACGUAGGCAGUUGGAAGAAUUAGUACAUGAGAUUUGAUGGUUGAUAUUGUUCUCAGACCAGGCCUUUAUUAGUUUAAAUUUCCAUCUUCGUUUUCGCUUUAUA